AUGACAGAGGAUGACGACAAAGGAGGAGAGGUGGAAGAGGUGGUGGAGGUCUGGGAAGAGGAUGAGGAGGUGGUGAGGGAGGUGGAGGUUUUGGAGGAGCAGGAGGAGGUGGAGGGAGCAACGAGAGUAGGAGGGAGAGACAUUGGUGGGGAAGCAAAGCCUAUGGAGAUGGGAGAGGGAGCCACAGGUGGUGGAGAGGAUCCUAUGGAUAUGGGAGGGGGAGCUGUAGCAACUGAGGCACAGUUGGAGGAUAGGGAUGCAGAGAUUGUAGACAAGGAUGUCCAGCUAUUUGCACAGGAGGCCGAGUUGAUGGUAGUGAUGCGAGAGAGAGAUUAUGUGGUAGAUAGAGUGAUGGAGCUACAAGAUAGAGUUCGAGUUUUGGAGGGAGCACAGUGA